CCAAAGUUGUCUGAUAUGGUUACUGCGGAAUCUGACCUGGCCGGGACGCCAGUUGCUAGUUUAGACACAAUACCUGUGUGUCUUUUUGCAGGAGCCUGGGGAGGGGCCAUGGUGCCAAGACAGUUUUGGGGGAGACUGGAGAAGCCGCUUCUCUUCCUGUGCUGCGCCUCCUUCCUCCUGGGGCUGGCUUUGCUGGGCAUACAGCCAGACAUCGCCCCUGUUGCUUAUUUCUUUCUCACCUUGGGUGGCUUCUUCUUGUUUGCCUGCCUCCUGGCCUGUAUUCUGGAAUGGGGGUUCCGAUCAAUGCAGACCGAGAAUUCGGGGGCCUCAAGCAAUGCACGCGACAACGAAGCCUUUGAGGUGCCAACCUAUGAAGAGGCUGUGGUGUUGGAAUCACAGUGCCGCCCCCAAGAGCUGGGUCAACCACCCCCCUACAGCAGUGUUGUAAUCCCCCCAGUACUUGAGGAAGGACAGCCUGGCCAUCCAGAAGGGCCCAAAAGAGCUAGACUGGAAAGGCGAGUAGGCUCAGAGGGAUCUAUGACCUCAGGAAACCCUGGAAGAGCUCCAAUCAGCCUUCGGCUUCGGGGACCCCGAGCUGUGUCCACUGCUCCUGAUCUGCAGAUCUUGGGGAUACCCCCCAAACUGGAGCCUCUUACCCCACCCCCUGACUAUGAUGUCAGCUUUGGUCAACCUGAUGAUGUUUUCUUUGAAAACAACCGGACACCCCCCUAAAAGACUAUGCCAGGAUAUAUCCUCUCUGCGCCAGACUCAUUCAUUCAUUUGACCAACAUUUCCCAGUGCCUGCCACGUAUCAGGAACUCUGUUUCCACGUGGGGAACUUAACACAGAGGGGAGUCAGGCUAUCCUAAGCCUCUCCCAGCUGAGAUGUACAUAGCACUGUUGGAGUCUUCGAGUAACAUUCAGUGACCUACCCCAUAUCCGAUAUUUCCAGAGUUAGACGAGUAUGAGAGGAGUGACCCAGAGAAUCUGGAGAAGGAAGAAAAGAAACAUCUGAGUGACAGCUAUGUUGCUUCUGUUCUGGGUGCUUCAUCUCUGUUAGCACAAGAAGACUUUCCCAGCCUUGUGAGGUAUUACUGCCCUCAUUUGAAAAAUAAGGAUCCCAAGGGUCAGAGGAGUUUGAUAAUUUGCACAGGGGCACACUGCUAGUAAAUAGCAUAAAAAUGUUUACUCUUCUGAUCCCAAAGCCUACUGUAUUUUCAAUACAAGGUCAUCCACAAAUCUCUCAAUCUCUAUCUUGAGCAACUGCUGGAGACAGGUGGGAGCCUUCCUAGGGACAGAGCGGUGGACCAGUUGUGUCUGCGGGCAGUGUGGGCUGAUUGUGACCAGGAGUGUGCCCUCUCUCCUAGAUGAGCAAAGCUAAUCAAAGCCGUGAUAGCCCCUGCUCCAGGUAAGGGGCAAUUUCUGCCCUGGGGCUAAAGAGCAGUCUCCAGGGCAGGGUCCCCACCCCAUUGGGAAACUGGAGUAAACUGCCCCGGGGGAGGGACUUCCGAUUUUAAGACGAGUGUACAAGGAUCAGAAAGGAUAAGACAGGGGCUUGCCAGGGGUGGCGGAGUACCUAAGGGUCACUCUUGAAUCACCUGCUAUGAAGCGCUGGAGCCACAUGCACGGUGUCUAACCGCUUAAGCCUCACCCCUGCACUCGGACCGCAGCAUUUUACCCCCACCCCCACCCCCGGGUCCUGCUCGCUAAGAUCCCAACAGAACACUAGAUUUUCUGGAAUCGUGCUUCGGCUGUAAUGUAGGUUUUAGCCACUGGGAGCUGCUCGGCCAUCGCUGACCCACCUUCCUC